AUGGUAAGUGUAAUAUAAAUUUUUUGAAAAAUGAUUGUUUUUUGAGGUUAAAUGUAGGUAUAGGUCACUUUUGGUGCAAAAAAUAAGUCGAAAAAAGCAAAAAGAUGAAAAAAAAAUGUUGAAAAAUUUUAACUUUAAGCCAUUUUCACUCGAUAUUUUACUCAAAAAACCUAAAACUUUAAACUGUUGAACUAACAAGAGCUAGGAAUACUCGUUCAACUACAAUAUUCUAUGAAAGUAAACACAAAAACUGCGCUUUUACAUUGUCACUUGUGGCUGAAAAUGUCAUGACAACAACAGAAAUGCAAUUACAGUCGCGAGUCGACGUCUACAAUAAUCACGUUAGUGACAGAAUAAUGAAAUUAAACGCCUCGACCAGUUUUUGAUAAUAAAACGAAGCUAUUCCGAGAUAACAAUAUUUACAUUCGCUGCGGUUUGGGGGACUGGUUCGUAUUGUAACAGUGACAAUUAGUUUGAUUACAUUGGCAAGAGGAAUGUGGGGACAUACGAUGGUGUUUGUUAUGGGAGAGAUAGUAUCAUAACAUUGGGUAGAGGAAUUGUUUAUGUUGUUGUAGGGUCAUAUGACGAUUAUAGUGAUAGGAUAUGACUGUUAGGACGAAAAAAUGUGUUGGGGACAUACGAUGGUGUCUGUUAUGGGGAGCUACUAUCAUAACAUUAGGAACUGAGGGAUAUUAUGUUGUUGUAGGGUAAUACGACGAUUAUAUGUAGUGACAGAAUAUGUUGGGGACAUACGAUGAGGGUGUGGAAAGAUGUCUUGUGGACAAAUUGGGUGAUAUUACACUAGGGUUUUGAUUGGGAAAAGAAGUUUACGUGGAAUUAUAGGCAAUUAUUGUGGUUAUAACAAGCUUUCAUUACGUUUUUAAUGUUAGCAUAAGUCUUAAAAAGAUUUUUGGGUAUUAACAUUGGUAUUACAAACAUUUUAAGCCGAUGUUACAAUCUGUAGGCAAGAUACUUUACUAUGAAAAGUGGUAUAUAGUUGUUAUAUUAGGUUGUUCAAACAAUUGUGUGCUUGUAAGUAUAAAAAAUUGUUUAAGAGGGGCACAAUUAUUUGAACAACCUAAUAGUGGCCAUGGUACGGAAUAGUAAGCCCAAAACUUUUUUGCCAAUGUUUGUAACAAAUUGACCAUAAAACACCUAGUUUAAUACCUAAAGCAGUCUAUAAUAGCACCACCUAAACCAAAAUUGGUACUAACAUACUUUCUAUAAGACAGUUUUCUUUAAUCUUGUACCAAACUGACUAAGUUUUCCAUGCCUGGUGCAAGGUCACAAACUUUGGUUUGUCAGUUGAAAGGUUAGUAACGGUUGAUCGUAUGACGUGCUUAUUGCGUCAUUCAAAUCAGCCGGAUAAUUUCAACAAUGAUUUGAUUAACAUACGAGGUAUAAAUGGCUACUUUCAACUCGAUCAAAGGCUUCUUGGCGGUUCAUUAGCGGGUUCAAUUUGUAGAUUUGUUUUGCAAAAACAGUAGUCGUGGUUGUAAAGACGCGUUCUUUAAAGGUAUUUUUGGAAUGAGGUGGUAGAAUAGACGAAAUAGACGUUACAUGAUAUGGUAAUACUAAAAAGGUUUUACGUUUUGGGUCCAAGUAUUCAAAAUUUAGCAUUGUAUGGGUUUUACGUAUUUUUUGGUAAUUGGACUUUGCGAAAAACACGAAAUUUGGCUUAUUAGAUAAAGUAAGAGUUAGAGAAUAUAGGGCAGUGUAUAGUAAUGGUAUAUAGAAAGCUAACUAGUGGUGAGAAAGGGGCCGUUUAGUCAUGGCUUGGGUCAGUCCGUCCCUACGAUCGGGCCGGCCUUGAGCUAAAGUUGAAACGGAACGGGCUUGAAAAGUAGGCCUGGUCCGUUUCUCAUCUCUAAAGGGAACUAAAGGUUUUAAAAAUUAGAGAUAGACAGCCUUCGCCAAACAGUGAAUAUACUUGUCUGGCGAACGAAUUGAGCAAGUUUUCAUUUAUGGUACGCGAUAGUAGGAGGCAGCGUAUAUUUAUUGCAGCGUAUAUUUAAGAAGCGUAUAUCUAAGAUAACUGGUAUACAUAACAAGGUGUACAUAACAAAAUUUUAGUUUAAACGUAAGGUUUUAGACGAUAGGAAGUAUUUUAACUGGGGAGGCAAUAUCUUUGGUUUAAAUUAGUUUUUUUUAAAUGUGAUUUUGGCUGAUAUACGCUACGUUUUACAUCAAAAACUAAGCCAAACAUCACUGCCAAAUUAGCCUAAUUUUGAAAAGCAAAGAUUUUAACACUAAAUAUCCUAAUUUAUCGAUUGGGCACAUCUUGAAGCAUAUUUUAAACGCAAAAUAAAUUUCUAAUGAUAGGUUAAAUAACGUUGAUUGUAAUUGACAUAAAAAUACCUUACGUUACAUUAUAAUAGCAGCAUUCUUAGCGUAUCCAAUUACAUUUGAAGAGCUAGGUGCUUAGUGUAGCCGGUUACGUCGUAAUAGCAUGAAACUUAGCGUAGCAGGUUACAUUAUAAUAGCCCUUAUAAGAAUAGGCUUACAGGGAUAGGCACGAAAAGAAAUGGCCGGUUUCCGCCGUUUGUUUAUGGUUAUUGUCAUUUGCAUGGAUAAACAAACACGAACUGAUUUUAAAGCACUUCGUUUCUGUUUUUUCCUAAUUUGGUCCUGAAGCCCCAUUAAGAAGUCUGCUAAGUUGGCUAAAUAAACUUGGCCCAGGAAGCGGCCAAGAUUGGGUCAGGCAAACAUUCUUUUAGCAAAAGACAUUACAUACCAUCACUAUGUUGAGUGUGUUUGUUUGAGUAUGGUAUUAUGUAUAGAGUAGGGUAGGGUAGGGUAGGGUAGAGUAGGGUGGGGGUAGGGUAGGGUAGGGUAGGGUAGGGUAGGGGAGGGGGAGGGUAGGGGGAGGGUAGGGUAGGGUAGGGUAGGGUAGGGUAGGGUAGGGUAGGGUAGGGUAGGGUAGGGUAGGGUAGGGUAGGGUAGGGUAGGGUAGGGUAGGGUAGGGUAGGGUAGGGUAGGGGAGGGUAGGGGAGGGUAGGGGAGGGUAGGGGAGGGUAGGGGAGGGUAGGGGAGGGUAGGGUAGGGUAGGGUAGGGUAGGGUAUAGUAAAAAAUACUCAAAAAAGUACGCUUUGAUAUCACAAAGACAGUAAUCAGUUGUACAGGUGAUAGAAAAUAUUUGUUUUGUCUACCUGUAAUUACUUUGAUAUUAUGUUUACAGCCUAGCAUAACACAAAGAAUAGGUAGUAUUCUUAAAAUGGGCAUAUUUUCGAGCCAUAAUUGCUGGUUUUUCAUAUUUCUGGCUAGUUUUGUUUAUGCUUUUUUAAACUUCGAAGCGUAGCAGUACCAUGAUGACACAUAGUCAACAAACAUAUUUUUUAUAUUUCAGGGUGAUUUAACAGUCAUUUCGUGUGUAAUAUCUCAAUAUUUUCUGUAUAGUAUUAGCUAGGUCAAUAAAUAAAUGGAUAAAUAAGCUGAAAUUAUUAGUUAAAAUUUUAAAAAUAUUGAUCUUUAGAACUAAAAUGGCAUUUUAUUUACAAAACUUUUUUAAAUUUAAAUGUUUGAAUUUCCAGGGUAACGAAGCGUCUUUGCCUCUGGAGAUGUGCUCCAACUUUGAUGCUUAUGAACUUCGACGUUUGGCUCGCCGCUUCAAGAAGCUCGACCUGGAUGGGUCGGGUUCGUUGUCCGUGGAGGAGUUCAUGUCCCUGCCCGAACUUCAACAGAACCCUCUAGUUCAACGAGUCAUCGACAUUUUCGAUGAGGAUGGUAAUGGCGAAGUGGACUUUAAAGGUAACUUGUUACAGUAUGUUACAGUAACUUUUGAGUUUAGAAUUCAUUCAAGGAAUCUCACAGUUCUCGGUGAAGGGAGACAAGAAUACCAAAUUAAAUUGUAAGUUUAAUUGGGUUUGGUAUGGGUAGAAUUGGCUGUUUGGGGGAGCUCCGGGGAGGGGUAGAGGAAAACUUUAAAAACUCUGAAUAGUUGUUAUAAGAAGGGUACGGAAGAGUAAGGUAGGGUAUUUAAAAUAGAUUUAGGAUAAAAUAUACUAGAGUAGAAAAGGGUAUAGUAGGGUAGGGAAGGGUGAGGUAAGUGAAAGUACGGUAUGGUAGAGUUGGUACGGCAAGGUAAGACAAAAUAGGAUAGUGAAGGAUCGGGUAUAAUAUGGUAUGAUAAGGCAAAGUAUUUGACGUUGAACUAGGAAAGCCACGAGCUUCAGUUUCUUUUACAAAAAUAUUUGGGGCGGCUUUUAGAAGGCAUGGGAGGUGGUUGACUUUGCCUUCAUCCUGAUACCUCAGUCUCGAUAAUCAUCUAUAUAUUUAACAAAAUAUUGUUUUAGUUGCUUUCAAAAUCUACGACAUGGACAGAGACGGCUUCAUUUCGAACGGCGAACUGUUCCAGGUUCUAAAAAUGAUGGUCGGAUCAAACCUGAAGGAUACUCAACUACAACAAAUCGUUGAUAAGACCAUCUUGUUUCACGACAAGGAUGGCGACGGAAAGAUCUCAUUCAAAGAAUUCUGUGAUGUAAGUUAUGCUAGGCUUUUUUUAAUAUUAUGACUUCAAGCGCAACCUCAUAUUGUAAUAUAGAGCUUUUUAUGUUUAUAUACUAACAUUUUUUGACACUUUGUAAAAGGUUUUUGUUUAAAAUGGCAGUAUAAUAUUGUAUUUUUGACUUACUGACAAUUUAUAUUUACGAUAUUGCACAGAUUUCUUAUGUUUUUAAGUUUGUAUAUUAACCAUGCUAUGUCACAGGCAAUAAGUAACUAUAUUACUACAAAACUACCUUGUUUUAGCUCAAACCUGCUUUAACUCACAUUAUUAUUACACUAUAAAAUUUUUUAAUUUUUGUUAAAACUAACUAAAGUUUAUUUUAAAUUUACCUUAUUAGAACAACACAGUAACAUAUUUUACGGAGUCUGUAAUAUCAUACACAAUAAAUGUUAAUUUUAGAUCGUUGAACAUACGGAAGUGCACAAGAAGAUGGUCCUCGAGAAUAUUUAA